AUGGCGGCGACGGGACCGUUCUUAGCUGUCGUUACUCUAGUAUAUGCACUGGGAAAUAUGGUGGUUGAGUAUAAUCGGAAAGCUGAUAUACUAAUUCCGAAAUACAAGCGAGAGGCUGCAAAGAAUAUUUCCGACGAGCGAGUGGACCGCCAAUUCCAUUAUUCGUUGUUCCCCGCGGGAAGACCUGACCCCUCAAAGUACCCUCUAAGUGAGUUGAAGCUGGGCACAGCAUUCCGUCUCGAGCAAUUCGACUUCACCGCCCGCCAAAAUUCCAAAUACCUGACACGACAAUUGCCAGAAGAGGGGUUUAUUGUUUUUAGCGGACGGGGGACGUAUUCGCAGGGUAACCCUGAGAGCCUGACUAUUUCAAACUUCGUUGAGCAAGUUACGGUAAUACUGAUUGAGCUAUUCGAAAAGGCACAGUAUGAUCGUUCAGAAAUAAUCAUGAAGAGACUUCAAGGAAAGGACUUUACCGCAAUGCAGGGCAACCUUCAGCCAUUCCUGCAACACUCUUUCAGACUUUACCAAUUGAAUUCGCUCGAGAAUCGAUGCAGUCAGAAUGCUUUGAUGAGCCUUCGUGAAGCCCACAAAGAGGCCAUGGGAGGAUCGAAGUAUCUCGUAAAGGUCUCCACCAAGCCCGAGAUAUCAAUGCCAGGUAAGCGCCUGGACGUCAUUCAUCGUGGCCGCCUCAUCAUAGAAAGCGGUCGGUUUGGACUCGUUCCAGCCCGGACAGCCCUUCAUCAGCGCGUGAACCGACUCGUCUCGAAGCAUUCUCAAAACUCUAGCCCCCCGUAUUUGUUGAGGAAGAAUGUCUUGCGGCGUCCGCCGAUCCCUCCCUACCACGGCUACCAUUUCAUUAGCGGGUCCCAAUCGGGCAAGGAUCGAGAAAGCAAGGAAAUCGACAGUAAUCAACACUCUUUAUGUGUCAUGUUGACGCUGGUGGAGGAGAACCUGUGUGAAAAGCUGCCUUUACGGGUAGCUUUGUGGCACCAGCCGAUCACCAUGAUUAUCCAAAACAUCAACAGAUCACUACGUAACCGUAGUACCCGUAACUUACGGCUCACAUCUCUGCCCCUACGUACCGUAGUACGUCUCAAAAACAGCGUGUUUAAGGACGUUAAGGGAUGGAGAUCUAACAGAUGUCCCAGUUCCUCCAUUGGAUCCUCCCAAGCCAUGGUUGCAACUCCUACCCUACGCUAUUCAAAAUCGCUGUCGAUUUCCUCGCUAUCCCCUCCACCAGCUGCGACUGGGUUGAUACAAUUAAGGCUCUGCAGCUUUAAAAGAACUGGCUACGUCAUUGCGCAGUGGAGAGAGGAAAACUCCAGCAGUUACGGCGUAACUUCUCGCGAGAAGUACAGCCGUAGGAGGAUUGUAAGCCGUUACAGUUACGCUACCUCAAUCGUAACGUAUUACGUACUGUUGGAAGCGCUGGAUAAUAUACAAAAUCUCACAUCAUCCGACACGUCUUUGAAACAUCUCGAAGAGAUUAAUCUAAAUGGCAACCAGUGCAACGUCCCUGCACAUUUGGAGCCUCUUAACAUUCUCUCUGAUUUUCUCUUCAAUAUCGAAGUGCAGUUGAAAAGAGAGGAAUGGAGCAGGGUGCAAGCCAUCGAAAGUAGGGUGGUCCGCAACAUUCGCCGCCAACGCAGUUAUCUCGAAAGCGCCGCUCAACCACCUCGAAACCAUCACCCACUUAACAUCACAUAUUUUCCAUUCCAGGAUGUCUCAGUUUCAUUUGAUGUUGAAUUAGCAAGGAGGCAUUCCGUCACCAUUGCCUCUUCUUCAAGGAAUACUCAUCAAAUUUGUGCAUAUGAAUACAAAAACAUAAACAUUUCACUCUUCAAUUCACCAAGCAAUGCAACCACUCUGGGCAUUUUGUAA